AUGCGGAGCGAGGACGUUAAGGUCGACCUGUUGGACAUCAUCUCUGUGGUACAGCUAUGGAGAUACUUCUACAAGCAGGUGGAAAUGUGGUGGAACCAAAGAGCGAAGCUGGACUACGUCAUGUGCCAGCUGCUUGCAAUUUUUGAGACUACAAUAACUGCGAUUCAAGCCAUGAAGCUAUUCACGCAAAGAAAGGACUCUAAGCGCAAGCAGGAUGAGCAUUUUUUGUACAUGGUCGUUGUGAGCGACGCGCACAAAGGCGCUGACUCGCUUAUGCUGGACAACAUCGUCCACCACGCGUCGCCGGACCUGAAGAACGUCAUGCGCGCAAAAGAUGACCCUACACGUGUUGCCUACCUGCGCCAUGCCGAAGAGCUGGCACAUUUUGCGCAGUCAAUCGAGCUUGGUUAUGUGGGCAAUCGGAUGUGA